AUGAAUGCUUUAUAUCAUCUGAAAGCAAUUGCAGAGAUUGUCCAGCACUAUUAUCCAGAGACUCUACAUCGUUUAUUUAUUGUUAAUGCUCCAUCAGCUUUUACUGUCAUGUUUAAGGUCAUAAAACAUUGGUUAAAUCCUCGAACUUUGGAAAAAAUACAUGUUUUGGGAAGUGAUUUUCAAUCGGUAUUAUUAAAUUAUAUUGACGCUGAUAGUUUGCCAAGCUUUUUGGGAGGUACCUGUAAAUGUGAACAUAUGCCUGGAGGCUGUGUUUCCAUAAUUCCUAGAAAAUCGAGUGAAAUAUUUGUAGCUACUGAAACAAAUGAAAAGGUUCCUACUGUUUAUAAUUCAAGUAUCAUGGAAGCAGCUUUAUCAAAUGAUUCAUUAUGUUCACUUAUUAAAUAA